UCUUGCAAAAAGCGGUACUUCUGAUAACCUUGACGACUAAUAAGUUAAAUUUUAUAAUUUCAGUGGGGUUAUACGAUUGGGUAGUAGAACGUGCCAAGCUGUUGACGUUGAUAAAGUUGGCUGGUUUUUCUCAAUAAUAGAAACCAUUAAAUUGUUUGUAGUUGAUUAUUGUAGUGUCAGUUGUUAAUUUAUACAAAAUGAAUAAUCCGUUUGAUAGUUGUCUUGUGGUGUGCAAUUUAUUCAUAAUUGUCAGUUGAGCUGACUUUAUUUAACAACCUUAUUGCAAGUGCAUUGUUAUAAACAGUCAUGGCAAGUAAUGUACAAAGGACUAAAAGUAAAAUUCCAUUUAUACCAGGCACUAAGCCUUCAGCACAGAAUGCACAGUUACUUAUUUCUACUGGAAUACCAUCUCUGGAUCAUGUAAUUGGAGGAGGUUUACCAGUUGGAUCUAUACUCUUAAUAGAGGAAGAUACUUAUAAUAGCUAUGCAAAAAUUAUGCUCAAAUAUUUUAUGGCUGAGGGUAUCGUCUCUUCGCAUUCUCUCCUUAUUGCUUCAAGAGACACGAAGCCAACGCAGCUGUUGGCGGAACUGCCUGCAGUUGCAGUUAGUUCCUCUACAAAAUCCAAAACACAAGCAACGGAUGAGCAAAUGAAGAUUGCUUGGAGAUAUCAGAAUAUGAAGAUAGUAGAUGCUUCUCCAACAGGAGGACAAGUCUUUGGUCGCUUUUAUGAUCUUACUAAAACAAUGGAUAGUGCAGAUAUCGAACAUGCUGAUAUUAUAAAAUGGGAUGGAAACGAUUUGAAGUGCAAGGCUGAGUCCUUUGAAAAUAAUGCUUAUGUAGAUUUGUUAAAAACAGUACAAGAAACAUUGAAGCAUGGACAAUUCCUUGUUUCGGAUAAUCCUGAAAAACGCAAGAUUUUAAGGAUAGCAAUUCAGUCGUUAGGGUCGCGAUUAUGGUUGUGCAAUACCGAAGAGAGUACUCGUUGUGAUCUUCUAAAAUUCCUCUACUGCUUUAGGUCACUGCUAAGGAGUUCUUAUGCCGUAGCAACCAUUACAGUUCCUGCUCAAAACUUUGACAACACGGAUGCUUUGGUAGAACGAAUUGAACACUUGUCGGACACUGCAGUUAGAUUGGAAUCAUUUGCUGGUUCCGCAAAGGAAACCAAUCCUAUCUUCCGAGAUUAUCAUGGCCUGUUGCACAUCAAGAAACUCUCUGCCUUCAAUACAUUAGCACCACAUAAUCCAGAAUCUACUGAUCUAGCAUUCAAAUUACGACGCAAAAAGUUUGUCAUAGAGGUCUUACAUUUACCGCCAGAAUUGGACGAUACCGCACAAAGAGAACAGGACGACUCCUCGGCUAUAGGAAGUUGUGGCAGCGGUAAUUCGAAAAAGUUAUUGGAAUUUUAAGUAUUCAAAGUAAAACAAAAUCUCGUAGCAUCUUACUUCACGAUAACGACGGUUCUAAGCAUAAUUAUUUCUGACAUUUAAAUAAAUAACAAGUACACGCUCAACAAGAUAAUUAUAACUAAAACAAAAUUAAUAUAUAUAUAUAUGUAUACACCUAUACGCCAAAAACAAUAUUUUUUUUACUUUGAUACAAAUUUUCGAAAGAUCAUGUAGACUUGCAUAUGUACUGACUUCCAUUAGAUAUAUUUCAUAUAUCACGUUAACCAAUGAUAUCGACUAGCUACGAAUAAAGGGCGCUUUUUAAAUAUCAAUCAUUUUCAUGAUGUAUCAAAACGUAUCUCUUAAAGCGCCCUCCACUCAUUAUAUAUUAGACAUUACAAACAAAUAUAAUUAAAUAUAUUUAAUUACCGAUUCCACAAUAACAUUGUCAAACAAUUAAUAAAUAUGCAACCAACACUUGUCUCAUUUAACCGGAAGUGCGCGACGUGCUAUAGUGAAUAAUGCAGGCGGUAGGAGAUAGGCUUCAUGCACACUUACAAUAAUGCGCAUAAAAAUACCUGUUGCUCUGAACCAGUACCUUUACGUAUUCGAGUUCAAAAUUAAGCGUACCCCCCCGCCAGGCCUCUCCCCGUGCCUCCCUCUAACUCAUUAUAAUUAUACCAUAAGAGUAAAGAUACACAGUUUAACAGAUAA